AUGGCCCCGGUUUGGUCAUGGGUGGGCGCCUUCCUUGCAGCGCUGCCAGUGGCGCUGGCAGGACAUGGCGACCCUAUUGCACAGAAAUACAUAGUGGAAUUUGCUGAUUCCAAGAUUUCCUCGGCCAAUUUUCUCUCCACAUUGAACUCUCACGGUAUCUCUGCCACUCUCAACCAUGACUUGUCCUUUGCUCUGUUCCAUGGAGGCUCUUUCACUCUACUAGAUGACAAGAGUGAGGCGGCCAUUAUCAAACAGAUCUCCUCCUGGCCGGUGGUCAAGAAGGUCUCUCCAGUCCGAGAGCUGCAGCAUUCCCAGCGCGACGUUUCAAGUGUUGCUCAUAGUGCACCGACGCGUCGUAGUCCUGCCUCUCAUGGCAUCCGACGUCGCGAUAUCGCAGGCCAUGAAAACAAUGAUUUCCCACACACGAUGACUGGAGUUGACAAGCUGCGCCAGCAGGGCUACCUCGGAACAGGUAUUCGCGUCGCAGUAAUCGACUCCGGCAUUGACUACAGGCAUCCCGCUCUUGGAGGCUGCUUUGGCAAGGGAUGCCUGGUCGAAUUUGGCUUCAACUUGCUUGAUAACACCACUGAUCCAUGGGAAGGUCACAGUGGACACGGUACUCAUGUCUCCGGUUUGAUUGCUGCCCAGCAUAACCCCUACAACUUCACUGGCGUGGCCCCUAAUGUUACUUUGGGCCACUAUAAGAUCCUCGGAAAGAGGACAGUUAACACCGGAACUGAUAUCAUCGCUGCUGCUUUCAAAAUGGCCUAUGAGGAUAAGGCAGACAUCAUCUCUGCAUCCUUUGGCACGUACAAGGGUUGGAGUGACGAGCCUUGGGGACAAUUGGUUCAGAAAUUGGCUGAAGCAGGUCUUCCCUCAUUCAUCGCCAGUGGAAAUGAUGGAAGUUUGGGUAUGUUCCUUGCUUCAGAUGGCGUCGACAACUCCGCCGGAAUCGGCAUCGGAUCCUUCAACAACCUGUAUAGUCCGCUGCUGCUUACCGAAGCCUCCUAUUCUACCCGAAACACCACCAAGGAGUUUGGUUGGCAGCUUGCAGGCACCUCUGACUUCAAGAAUGGCACCUACUCUCUCUAUCCCAGCAGCUUAAAUGCUUCCGUCGUAGGUGACUCUUGUGAGCCAUGGACGGGAGACCACCCAGAUCUUUCCGACAAGAUUGUCCUGAUCCGCUACGGUGGCUGCAAAGGAAGUCAACAGCAGGCCAACGCGCUCAAGGCUGGUGCAAAGAACAUCUUGAUUUAUAACAAUGUCGCGGGAACCUAUGAGCUCCCCGUCCAGGACCCCGAUCUAGUUGGCCUGGGAAUGGUCUCUGCCCAGACUGGUGCGAACUGGGUGAAGCUGGCUGCAUCUGGAGUCAAUAUCACUUUGCACAUGACCAACCAAAAGCAAUCCAAGACUUUCUUCGCGAAUGAGAAAAACUCUCAAUCUGGAGGGCAGGUCAGUGAUUUUAGCCAGUGGGGUCCUAGCAAUGAACUUCUCCCUGUGACAGCGGUUUCAGGAGUUGGUGGCUUCAUGCUCUCGACAUGGCCGGUUCUUGAGGGUAGCUACGCUAUCGACACUGGUACUUCGAUGGCCACGCCGUACGUGGCUGGUUGCGUUGCCCUCUUGAUGGAGGCUCGUGGCAAAGGCAGCGUUACCCCUGCUGAGAUCAAGUCCCUGCUCUCAUCCACUGCCAACCCGAAUGUAUUCCACGAUGGUAUUACUGCUUCGCCCUUCCUGGCCUCCGUGGCACAGCAGGGAGGUGGCCUUAUUGAUGCCUUCAAGCUUGUGCACACCACCACCAAGUUCAACGUGAGCACCAUCGCCUUCAAUGACACCGAACAUAUCGCUCCAGCAUAUAUUCGUAUCAACAACACCGGCUCCGAGUCCCGUGUCUACAGUGUCGGCCACGUGGGCGCCGCUUCUGUCUACGCAUUAUCUGACAACAGCUCUAUCCCUAAAGUCAACAAACUCGGAGACUUCGUGGACCGCACAACAGAGGGCGCCUCGCUUCAGUUCAGUUCGUCCAGUGUGCGCGUAGCCGCCGGUGGAUCAGCCGUGCUAAAGGUGACUGCCGUCCCACCCAAGGGACUCGUUGCUCGUCGGAUUCCCGUCUACAGCGGAUAUAUCACAUUCAACGGAACCAGCACGGAUGAUUCCUUCUCGGUUCCAUACCUGGGCGUCGCCACCGCUAUGCGCAAUGUGACAAUCCUCGACACCACGCAGGGUAGCAACUCGCUCGUCGACAGUAGCACCCAGCAAGCUGUCCAGGCCAAUCACCAGUUCAUCGUGCCAGGCCAGAACGACUCGGCAGAUCGCGCAAACACUAGCUACCCCAUCUUCAAGACCCAGCUCUCCAUGGGAACGGAUCUGCUCCUCGUCGGCGUCAAGCCUGCCAACAGCCACGCCAUUCUUCCAGUAUAUGCUCCUCAGACCGCUCUGCCCCGCAGCAUUGAUGGUAUUACUGGACCGGCUCCCACAUCUUGGACGGGAGAAUUGGCAAAUGGAUCAUAUGUCGCACCCGGGAAUUACUCCAUGGUUGUGCGUGCGUUGAAGAUAUUCGGCAAUCGCACUAACCCGGCUGAUUAUGAUACCGUGAGAACGAUCAACUUUGGAAUCACGUACGCUCCUCCAGCCGAUCAAUGA